AAUGGUGGGGUGGGGAGAGCAGGUUGGCAGAGGGGAGAAAGCAUCAGUUUGGUUUGUCUGCAAUCCCUGUUUUGCUUUGGGAGCUUUAGAGGACAGACACAUUCUUCCAUCUCCACUAAUCCUCCUCUGAUACAGAGGAUUUUCCUGCCAUUAAAUGAUAGCUUGUGAGAAAAAAAUGCCAACUUUUCAGAGACUGACUCGUAUGGCUAAUGGAAGCCUCAUGAGCAGGAGGGAGAACACAGCCACUGCCUGGCUAGGUAAGCAAUGCAUCCAGAUGAUUUCUGCUGGGAAUUUUAGUUUCAACUGUUUGAUGAUAAGCUGGUCAUGCCCCUCAGUACCAGCACCUAUUUCCUGAGGGCAUGGCCAGUCUCUUACUGUUGGUGAUCUUUUCCCACCUCAGAUGAUAGGAACCUGCCUUUGGCACUGCUGGUGGGAAGGAUGCGGAUGAGGACCUGAAAAGGAGUAGCACAGAGCUGCAGGAUUCCCUGAGAAGAUCCUUCAAGUUUGCUUCCCAGACCUGAAAUGCCACUAGUGAAUAAUCAAGUGAUCCUUUGGGUCCCCCAUGUCCAUGCGGUGUGGGCCUGUGUGCGGUCCUGCCCUGCCAACUGCGUGUGCACUCAAGAGCGGAGCUGCUCCGUCCUCUGCGAUCGUGUUGGUCUGGGGCAGAUCCCUAGCCAGUUCCCUUGUGAAGCCUCCUCUAUCAACCUGGACAAAAACAGCAUCAAGUUCCUCUCCGAGAGGGCCUUUGGGACCUUGCCUUCACUCAAGUCCCUGUCUCUCAAUCACAACAAUAUCUCCUUCAUCACCCCAGGGGCUUUCAAGGGGCUGCCCAGCUUGACUGAACUGAAGAUGGCCCACAAUGAGUACAUUCGCUAUCUCCACACGCGGACUUUCACUGCCCUCAAACGGCUGGUGAAGCUGGACCUGGCGGACUGCAACCUUUUCAACAUCCCAGACAGGAUCUUCAUUGAGCUGCCUGCUCUACAGGAGCUCUUUUGCUUCCAGAACAACUUCCGGAGGAUCCCAGGUGCCAUCAGGGGCAUGGAGAACCUGACCCACAUUUACCUGGAGAGAAACAGGAUUGAAGCGGUAGCCUAUAACUCCCUGCAGGGCCUGACCAAGUUGAAAUACCUGAAUCUGCAGGACAACAAGAUAAAUGUAGUUCAUGAGCGAGCUUUUCAGGGCUGCCAGAAGAUGGAAUACCUGUACCUGAAUGACAAUUUGAUCAGCGAGCUUCCAGAAAAUUCCUUUGAUGGCCUGAGGUGCCUGAAGAUGCUCAACCUGGGGGGGAAUUUUCUUAGGAACAUUUCCAACACCUGGUUCAGGGACCUGGGGGAGCUGGAGGUCCUCUACCUGGACCGCAACAGGAUCAACUACAUUGAGGACAGGGCUUUUGAAAACCUCACCAGCCUGGUUGCGUUGCACUUGAACAGCAACAACCUGACAACCCUGCCCUUUUCUGUCUUCCAGCCAGUGUACUUCCUUGGGCGGCUGUACCUCUUCCGCAACCCCUGGGAGUGUGACUGCCGCAUUGAGUGGCUGAAGGAGUGGAUGGAGAAUUACAGGCUUGUCAGGGAUAUUUCCUGUGCUUCCCCCUCCUCGGUAGCUGGGAUUGACCUGAUGGACGUGCUCUACAAGAGAUCUCCAGAAGGUUACUGUCUUGACCCGGUGGAGCUAAACAUCACAUCCGAAGGCCCGACCCCAAGUGAAGAGCCUUGGUCUACCACAGAGAGCAAGUUCAACAGCUUUAUCUCCAAACUCUUGCUCCAGAUGGGCCUUUCUGAAGAGGUGGCAAAUACCACUGAAGUCUACAGUAACACCACGCAGCUGGAUGGACUGACUGAUGGGGUUUCUUCUGGGGUAGGGGAAGACAGUAUGGAGGCUGUCUCCUUUUCUUUUUACCUUCCAGCACUUUUUACAGUGAUUGUUUGGCAGUGCAAAUAGUCCAAGGGCUACAUGAAGCAUGGGUCCUGCUUAACCGUCCCUGUACCUACUUAAGUCAUUAGGGACAAAUUAGUAUCAUGAGCCUCCAAUACAUAACUGGCUCCAAACCCUCCCAGGUUGGGUUGGUUGGACCUGGCUCCCGAUUCUCCUGGGAGCAGGUGGGAUCUGGUUCAAGGCUGGGUCCCACUCCGGGUGAGAAACCUGUCCUGUGGGUUCUAAGAGCUGCUCGGGCACUCACAUUGCUGUGUGGAAGAUGAGCAAUGAAAGAAGAAUAGCUGUAAGGUUGAGUUUCACUUAGAGACAUGCAAUGUCUCCUGCUCGGAGCAGAGGGAAGAGCGGUCUGUGUGGAUGGCAGUGCGGUACUGUGAAUUCUGUUGGGCCAACUCCAGUUGACCAAACUGUCCACUUUAUAAGAGCAAGAGAAGGCAUCAAAAACGUCCAUCCUCUUCACAUCCUGAGAGACAUCCACACCCACAGUGGGUGCUUCUAGAUGCUGGUAAACUGAUUUCCACCAGCAUGUGCGGGGGGAGCAGGGCUGUCCUGGGCAGCAUCCAGGGAUGCAACACUAGCCCUAGUGAACAAGAGAACAGUACCUGGGGAUGGUGCCUGCCCCAGGCGGGGCUGGGAUGGGCACAUUCUUCUCUGAGGAAAAGCUAUUUAAACGGAACAGCUUACUUAUUAACGUUGUUUCAAUGUGUUUUUAUUUCUCAGUUAAUAUAUUGUUUCAAGGAACAUAUUGCUUUUAUUUGUAGAUUAUUUCAUGGCAUGAAGGCGGGGCAGAACAUUAUGAUGACAGAGGCAUCCACGCCCUGCUAAAUAUUUUGUAUUUCCACCACUAAUGUGUACCAUAUAGCAUUUUAUAUUAUGUUGUACAACCAACUAUGCCAUCAUUUUCUUUCAUAGAAUCGUAGAAUCAUAGAAUUGUAGAAUGGUUUGGGUUGGAAGGGACCUUACAGAUCAUCUAGUUCCCCAAUCCCCCUGCUAUGGGCAGGGACACCUCACACUAGACCAGGUUGCUCAAAGCCUCAUGCAUAUGGCAUCUAACAUGUUUUAUCUAUCUUUGAAAGCUUUGAUGAAAACUGCUAAUAUGAUCAGAAAUAAUUAUCUUGCUUUAUAUGUCAGAGCACAUUAAUAAAAUUGGUAUUUUGCUCACAAAAAUAAAUUAACUGCUCCCCCCCCCUUUUUUUAUUUUUGAGUUCCUUGAAUUACUCUGGUGGGUUUUUUGUAGGCUACUCAAAUUAACGCACAUGAAUGUCCUUUUUAUGGUCUCAAGCAAAUGGCAAGCUAUUUAUUGCAGCAUAAAGAAUAGACACUUUAACUUAGAACAUGAUAGUGCUUACAUUUGUGUUAAGUAAAGUAGUAACACUUUAAAAAAUAAGUGACUAUAUAGAAAUACACUUCUGUGAUAUUUUAACUGUAUUAAAUCAUUUUACAUGGCUUAUUAUACUAUGAUGUACAUGUUCAUGUGAAAUGACAGAAUAUAUACAAUCUUUUAUUACUACUAAAAUGUCGUGAAAUAGGAAUAAACAUGGAAAUUAAUUAAAAAACCCU